CUAGUGAGAGAAAACUAAGGUGGAGUUAUGAGCUUGUGUCUUUAUGGUAAUGUCCUUGUUUUCCUCUCAACAGUUAAAUGUUACUGGUAAUAGAAGCCAUCAGAAUAAUAAAAGCACAUUGAGAGAGAGAGUCUCACUCACACACACAAACAAAUUUCUUUUCUUUGAAAAAAGAGCGAAUGGAGAUGAGACAUAGUGCUUCCACUGAUAUUCUCUGCUUCUCCAUUCCCUGAGCCAAAUUUUCAAUUUUCAAUACAUAUAAAAUUUUGGGGUUGUCUAAAGUUGAAGGCUUUUGGGUCUGAUCCAUUGGGAUCAUCAUCAUCAGAAUCAGAAUCAGAGUCACAUGGCAAAGCCAGGGGUGUUGGAGUCUGAUCCAGGGGUGAUGGUGAAGAAGGCCAUAGAGUUGAAGAGGGAACUGCAGAGGCUGGUGAAGUCCAUUGUGGAUGAUGAGGAUUGCAGCACUGAGAUCAUUGAUCAAGCAAGAGAGACUCUCUGUGUUCUCAAGGAGUUGAAGCUCAGAAAAAGGUCUUCACUGUCUUUGAAGCUGCACAAUAAGAGUGUCACCUCUUGCCCUGACGAAUUCAAGUGUCCACUUUCCAAGGAGUUGAUGAGAGAUCCUGUCAUUGUGGCUUCUGGUCAGACAUAUGAUAGACCUUUCAUCCAAAAAUGGCUAAAUGCUGGAAAUAGGACUUGCCCUCGAACACAUCAAGUCCUCUCACACACACUGCUUAUACCAAAUCACCUCAUAAGGGAAAUGAUAGAACAAUGGACUAAAAAUCAAGGAAUUGAGUUGUCAAAUACAGUUCAAUACAUUGAUGAGGAUGGUUUAAACGAAGCCGAUCGCGAACAUUUUCUAUGUUUGCUCAAGAAAAUGUCUUCAACACUUUCUGAUCAGAAGACAGCAGCGAAGGAAUUGCGCUUGUUGACAAAGAAACAUCCUUGUUUCCGUGUACUUUUCUGUGAUUCUGCAGAUGCCAUUCCUCAAUUGCUUAAACCAAUUUGUGGCAGUGAUUCUUUUAGUAGCAUUCACCCUGAUCUCCAAGAAGAUGUGAUCACAACCCUCCUCAAUAUCUCUAUUCAUGACAACAACAAAAAACUAGUGGCUGAAACUCCAAUGGUGAUUCCACUCCUUAUGAGAGCAUUGAGAUCAGGCACAAUUGAAACAAGAAGCAAUGCUGCAGCAGCCCUUUUCACCUUGUCAGCUCUUGACUCAAACAAGGAACUCAUAGGGAAAUCCGGCGCAUUAAAGCCGUUAAUCGACCUCUUGGAAGAAGGGCAUCCCUUAGCCAUGAAGGAUGUUGCUUCAGCAAUUUUCAACAUAUGUGUGAUGCAUGAGAACAAGGCUAGAGCAGUGAAGGACGGCGCGAUAAGGGUGAUUUUGACAAAAAUAAAGAACCAGAUUCAUGUGGACGAGUUUCUGGCUAUCCUUGCACUGCUUUCUACUCAUCAGAGGGCUGUUCAUGACAUGGGAGAUCUUGGAGCCGUUCCUAGCUUGCUGAGGAUCAUCAGAGAAAGCGCGUGCGACCGCAACAAGGAGAAUUGUGUGGCAAUCCUUCAAACUAUUUGUUUGUAUGAUAGAUCAAAGUUGAAGGAAAUAAGGGAAGAGGAGAACAGCCACAAAACCAUCUCAGAGCUUGCACAGAAUGGAACAUCAAGGGCCAAGAGAAAAGCUAGUGGAAUUCUUGAGAGGUUGAACAGGGUUGUUAAUAUCACACACACUGCAUAAUGUCUCUUGAGCCCUCUCUCAAGGUACAUUACAUCGUAUAUUCUGCAUCUGUCUCAAGAUCUUUCAGUUGUUUAAACUUAAAAUCAGUCACCAAUUUUGUACAUUCUUUUUUCUUAACAAAGUCAUUCUCAAUUCUCAUGUUCAUCGGUUAGUGACUGAAUAAAGUCAUGUGCUCUUUGGCUCCAAAUUGUUCAAAAACUUCUACAGGGUUCUGCAUGGAUAUUUGGACUUAAAACUUUAGUUAUGUUAAUAAUAUAUCAUCUCUAUUUUUACUUUAUU